AUGUCAUAUCAAGGCAUUCGGCAACAGUUUAUUCUACCAGCGUCCCCAUGGUGGGGUGGCUUUUACGAGCGACUCGUCCGGACAGUUAAGGGUUGUUUAAAGAAGACUCUCGGGAGAGCAUAUACGACAUUCGAAGAGCUGCAGACAAUCUUGUGCGAAGUAGAAGUGGCAAUCAACAAUCGGCCACUUACGUAUGUCAGCGAGGAUGAUUUGGACGAACCUUUGACGCCAUUCCACCUGAUGUACGGUCGAGGCUACUGCAAUCGGAUGAAAAACACGGAUACCAUACUUACGGCGAGCCUUGGACAGUACAAACAGCGGUUGAAACACUUACGGAAAAUAUUGAGAGAUUGUUGGACGCGGUUUCGAAAAGAAUAUUUGAACGAGCUGAGACAAAUGAACCUCUACCGGAAAAGGAAAACCAAUACGCGAGGUCUGACCGUUGGUGAUGUUGUUUUGAUUAAAGAGGAUGAACCAGCACCUCGGGCACAGUGGAGGAUUGGAAGAGUCUUGCAGCUGGUGAAAGGACGUGAUGGACUGGUCAGGGGAGCUAAAUUGAAGGUUCUAUCAAAGGGUGGAGCUCAGUCGUCGGUUCACAGACCGUUACAAAAGCUAAUACCUUUCGAGAUCGUCCAGGAUGACGUCGACAAGCAUAAAGGGGAUGACAAUGAUAGGAACGCAGAACAGCAUAACACGACUGAGACCGAGUCAAGAGCGGAUGAGCGAAAAGGAAGUAGAAGACCAACGAGGAAGGCAGCGAUCGAUGGAGAAAACUUGCGGAGAAUUCGCGAACAGUAUACAUAG